CAUUCCUUCCUUUUUCUUAUAUUCCACCCCCUACCGCCACUUCAACGGUGCCGCGGGCACGGCGGUCACCGCUUGCUGCCUCGGCCAUCUUCAACAAACCUAUUAUUGUUGUUAAAUUGAUAACGAUUUGUUUACAGCUAUGACCGACGAAGAGCAAAAGUGUGACACAUUGUCAUUGUCAUCAUCAUCUUCUUCAUCUUCUUCUCCGUUACCGGAGGAAGAGUUGCAGCAUAUGCCAUUGGCGCCGUUGGCGUGGAACAACAGGAAGAGGCUAUCGAAACAGCUGUCGAUGUGCGAGAAGCCGAGAGACAUUGCUUGGGAGAGAAAGAGGAGACAAGAGAGAAGGAGGAGUAGUAUUGCUCAUGAAUGUGUUUGUGAUGAUAUAACGGAUGAUGAUUUGCAUGAGCUUAAGGGAUGCAUUGAGCUUGGGUUUGGAUUCAAUGAGGAAGAUGGUCAGAAAUUGUGUAAUACAUUGCCUGCACUUGAUCUUUAUUUUGCUGUUAAUAGAGGUUUGUCGCCUAGCCCCGUUUCUACGCCUCAGAGUCGUGCUUCUUCUCUUGGGGCACGUUCUUCUUCCUUUGGAAGCCCUAGGAGUGAUGCUGAUUCAUGGAAGAUUUGUAGCCCAGGUGAUGACCCAGAAUUGGUGAAGACCAAGUUAAGACAUUGGGCUCAAGCGGUUGCAUGUUCGGUAAUGCAAUCUUCUUAAAGUUGAACUCUUUUCUACGAAGGAUCAAUGUUGUUUAUAUGGACAAAGAAACAAGAAAAACAUGAAGAGAAUAAAUGUACAAAGAAGAAGAAGAAGAAGAGGGUCUCGGUUUGAAAUUCAUUCUGAGGCCUUUUUGGCUUCUACUUAGGUUAGAGGAUAAUUGGUCUAAUAACCAAAUUACUCCUCGUUUAUAACCUUUUCUCUUCAUAUAGUUUAAAUCUCAAAUUGUCUCUUGAUUUAGAAAUUUUGAGCUGUGAAAUAUUGUUAGCACAUAUUAUGGCCUAAUUCCUCAACAUACGGAAGAUUAAAUUUGAAGGUAAUGUACUACUGAUCAUAUGUGAUUAGAUGAGUUUUACUUGUCUUUAGCUUAGAACAAUUUGACUUGAUAUCACUUUAUUAUAAAUAAUAAUAAAUUUGCAUUAUGUAA